GGGGAAGGUUGGAGGCAGGGCAUCGUCAGUGCGAGGCAACCGAUUGGUUAACUAACGCAGCCGUGCCAUUACGCCCUAGCGGAGGAGGAAGCUGAUUGGUCCUUGAGGAGGCGACCCGCCUGGUCGCGAUUAAACUAAUAGCCUUUCUUGGGCGGAAGCUGAAGCCACACCAGUACCAGACUCGACCAUAGACCAUGCCCUCUUUCGGGAGACUGUCGUCAUAUUACUAAUGAUAGUGAGAGUGGGAAGAGAGAGUACUGUAAGCGGAUGCCUCGGCUCCUGCGUCUAGUACGCGUCAACCCGCCUUGCCACUGUCAGUCCGAAUUGUGUGGCGCGGAUCUGAUUUGUCGAUGGCUGGAGUGUUAAGCCUCCUCAGUAGCCAAUAGCUACGUGGUUGGUGGAGAAUGGAAGAGAACCAAAUGAAGAAAGUACUAGUGAACAAAGGAAAUGAGAACAGAGAAAAAAUUGGCUUUGAUGGAGAAGAGAACAACUCAUCAAAUAGGAAGAUAUACCUAGAUUACAAUGCAACCACCCCUCUGGCUCCAGAGGUGAUUGAGACAGUUACAGAAGCCAUGCAUGAAGCAUGGGGCAAUCCGAGCAGCUCUUACACAGAAGGUCGAAGAGCUAAAAAUAUUAUAGAUGAAGCCCGUGAAAGUCUGGCUAGAAUGGUAGGGGGACGACCCCAGGACAUCGUCUUCACUUCUGGUGGGACAGAGGCAAACAAUUUAGUGAUCCACACUGUAGUGAAGCAUUUUAAGGAAAGCAACAAGCAAAGUUCUGAUGGACCAAGAGAAGAUAAACAAAAGACUCUGGGGAUGUGUCCACAUUUAAUUACAUCUUGCAUUGAACAUGACUCAGUCCGUCUCCCUGUGGAGCACCUAGUGAAAGAGCAUGAGGCUGAAGCCACUUUUGUCCCCGUGUCCAAAGUGACAGGACAGGUGGAAGUCGAUGAAGUUGUUGCAGCAAUCCGUCCAACUACAUGUCUAGUUUCCAUUAUGCUGGCCAAUAAUGAAACUGGGGUUAUCAUGCCCAUCUCCGAACUCAGCCAAAGGAUUCAGGCUCUCAAUCGGAAGAGAACGGCAUCUGGUCUGCCACGGAUCUUGGUGCACACAGAUGCAGCACAGAUGAUUGGGAAAGGUCAAGUGGACGUGCAGGAUCUGGGAGUGGAUUACCUCACUAUUGUGGGGCACAAGUUCUAUGCCCCGCGUAUUGGAGCGCUGUAUGUGCGAGGCCCUGGUGUCACCAAUCCUCUCCAUCCCAUGCUGUUUGGAGGUGGGCAGGAACGGAACUUCCGUCCUGGGACUGAGAAUACACCAAUGAUUGCUGGCCUUGGCAAGGCAGCAGACUUGGUGAGCAGGUACUGUGAGGUUUAUGAAGCUCACAUGAGGAAGGUCCGGGAUUACCUGGAAGAGAGACUUGAAGCCGCGUUUGAAGAGCAAGGAGUUUAUUUUAACUGCAGGCUGAAAGGCUCAAGGCGACUGUGCAACACCUGUAACUUUUCUGUCAUGGGCUCAGGACUAAAAGGUCGGCUGGUGCUAUCUCACUGUAGGACUUUGCUUGCCAGUGUUGGUGCUGCAUGCCACUCCGAGAAGGGUGACCGGCCAUCCUCUAUCCUGCUUAGCUGCGGAAUUCCUUAUGACGUGGCACAGAACGCCUUGCGUCUCAGUGUGGGUCGUGCUACCAGCAAGGAGGAUGUGGACUUGAUUGUGGAAGAUCUGAAGCAGGCUGUGGCUCAGCUACAAUAGGUCAUAUUUUCAGUCACCUAGUGAGGCAGUUUAGCCCUCUAAAACCAGGAAGUGAGCUUACCUGACCCUGAUUUUCCAUUGCUCUAGGUGCUACUUACAUUUAACAGAAUGACGCUAGAUAACAUUCUAGUCAGCUCCUGGCCACUGAAUUUUUGUUGAAUAAUCUCUAGUGAUUACCCCAGGCCUUGAAUACAGCAGGCCAAAAAUCAGUGCUCCCUGAAUGUAGUCACUAUGCUGAGCAGACUCUGCCAGCAGUUUUUACUCAAAGAAGUGGAUAAACAUUUCUAGUUGGAUGUUUAGAUCUAGAGUGAGGUUUUUGUGUGGGUUCAGGAAACAAGCCUAAAUAUUAUGGUUUGAAUGGGCAGGUGAAUCCCAAAAUAUUGAAAAAUUGGGAGCUUGCCUUGGUACCUGGAAACAGCCACUCUUUUGAUGCCACCCUUCUGGGGUACUCCUUACUGGGAAUGAAAAGCAAUUGCCCUCCAUAUAGGCACUGAAGGAACAUGAAUAUUUCUUCUUGCUGCAGCAGCAGGUUGUAGGUGCUAUAGUAUUGCACUGUGUUUAGCACUGAGGUGUGCAAUGGGACUAGAAUGUGCAUUCUUCUAGAGCUGAAGAAUAGAGAGAGAAAGAGAAAGAGAGAAACCUUCAUUUCACAUUGCUGUGUUUUGUGUUAUGAAGGCUGCAUAGAUACCAAACUCUCUAACCUAGGCUUUAUCCACACUUCCAUUGUCCUGCUGUUUUUUCUAGAGAAAACUGUUCUUUAGUGCUCAAUCAGAGCAAAUGGCAAUUUGGGUUUUCCCUGGAUUGCUAUUUGUUCUGAUUUGUUGCUAAAGAGUGAAUUUUCCCUUGCAAAGGAGUGGGUCAAGCAGAAAACCACUCAAAAGUCAUACUUUCUAGGCCCUGCACAAGUAGAAGUGUGGAUGAUCCCCUAGUGUUAAAGGGCCAUUUAAGUUACCGGUAUGAAAAGAAUCGUACUGGAAAUGGCAAUGGUGAUGGUGGGGUAUUUGAACCAGGAAUUGUUACUGCUACUAUCUGCCCUAGUUCCCAAGAGGAGGAAAUCAAUCAUAGCUGUCAUCUUCUCACAUAGCUCUUGCAACAACAGAUCCUGGUUGUACGGUAGCUGUUACUGCUGGUUUACCCUAAAUGGAGAAAUACUCCAACGAUGGGGCAGGUGAUGUCAAGAGAGCCAGCAUAGCAAUCAUUUUCCAUCAGCAAAUGGUAGACAACUGCAUGCUGGCUCUCUUGUCAUUGCCUGCCUAGCUGGCUUGUAUCUGGUCAAGCCAACAGCAAGCAUCUGACUGGCAAUGGUUUUCUUUCCCAUAAGAACAGGUGGAAGUGAGAAUUCUAGCUUUCCAGGCAGUUCUCUUCUGCUGCUCUUUGUCCUGCCUACAAGGCAUUCUGAAUACCCUGAUCUUCCUUGUCAGGAUGCAUGGCAGGGGUUAGUCUUACAGUGAGUUUCCCCCUACAGGGAAGGACAUGUACCACAUGGACCCAUUGCAAUAACUGCUUGCCUUGUUUGUGGGAAGGAGGCACCUGUAUGCAAGAAUAUCAUGGGGGAUUUUGGCAUUUUAUGUAUAGAGAGAAAGUUACGAGCCUGGUGAACCAAGGGGAUGCUGUGCAUGUAGUGUACCUUGAUUUCACUAAGACUUUCGACAGAGUCCCCCAUGAGAUUCUUAUGGAGAAGCUGGUAAAAUGUGGGCUGGACAAGGUUAUUGUUAGAUGGAUUUGUAGCACCCAAACCCAAAGAGUGUUCAGUAAUGGUUACUCAUCAUCCAGGAAAAAAGUGACGUCAGGUGCCAUGGAGUUCUGUCCUGCAUGAAGGAAUUGCAUGAAGGAAUCGAGAGGGUGACAAUUAAAUUUGCAGAUGACACUAAACUUGGAGAGGUACCUAAUGCUGCAAAAUACAAAAUUGGGAUUCAAGAUGACCUUAACAGAUUAGAGAAUUGGCCGAAACUAACAAAAUUUCAAUAAGGAGUUGGGCUAGAUGAUGCUAAGGAUCCCUUCCAACUCUAUAAUCCUAUGAAAUGUAAGGUUCUGCACUUAGGCAGGAUUGGGGGACACCUGGCUUGCCAGUAGUAGUUGUGAAAAUGAUCUAGGGGUCUUAAUAGAUCACAAGCUUAACAUGAGUCAACAGGAUUUUGACAAGCUAGAGCAUG